UUGGUUUUUUUUAAUAAUACAUUGGAUUUGUUAUUGUUGCGAGUCAAUCAUAAAAGCUUUCUAAAGACAACUCUCAAAAGUGCAAUAUAGUAGAUAGAAACAUAAGGCUGUGAUCAAAAGCCAAUCCUGAUGUGUUGCCCUGGCAACCGGGCGCAAACAAACGAAAUCGGGAAAUCUAAUUAGUUCUCUUCGCCGCCUUAGUAAAAUGUUUAUUCUCGACCGAAUACUGCCUUUUAUUUUUAGCUAUAUAAGGCCCUUUAUAAAGUGGUUCCUGCACGCCUUCACCAGGCUCUCGGAGCUCCAGAGGAUUUGCUAUGGAGCGAAGGCCGGAGCCAGCCGAACCAGCCAGGUGGAAAGGUCCCUCACAUUGUCCAAAAGGCCGCAGAUACGACGACUUGUACUUGACCUUGAUGAGGCGGCGCCAUAUGUGAGCAACGCGGAGCUGCUGGAUUUCGCUCCUCGCGCUGCUCGCAUUGUGAUGCAGGCGAAACGCAUCAAGAACAAUGUCCACCCGGAUUUUGCUCGGCUCUUCGGCACAUGCGUGACGAGUAUCUGGGGCUACCGCAGACUGAUGCAUCAGGUGGAACAGCUGCGGGCGGAGAAAUACGACUCGGAUAACCUCGACCACGAGCAAAAGCUGUUGCGAUUGUGGCAACUGCUGAUGCCAGACACUCCCCUCACCGGUCGCGUGACCAAACAGUGGCAGGACAUCGGCUUCCAGGGCGACGAUCCGAAGACGGACUUUCGGGGAAUGGGCAUGCUCGGGCUAGAGAACCUUCUCUACUUUGCAACUGCCUAUAACGACGCCGCCAAACAUGUCCUGCUGCACUCGAUGCAUCCCACCCUGGGUUACACCUACGCCAUUGUCGGCAUUAACCUCACCUCCAUGGCCUUCAAUCUAGUGAAAACGGGCGCCGCCAAAACCCACUUCUACAAUUUGGUGGUGCAGCACAGACAGGACUUUAGCACCGUGGAGGAUUUCCACAAGUUGUACUGCUAUCUGUUCUUCGAGUUUGACCGCUUUUGGAUGGAGAGCGACCCACGAAACAUUAUGGACUUCCGCGAGAUUUACCAGUCAUUUGAAAUUACAAAACUAGAGGCCUUGCACAAUGAUAGCACUAUUUUUAAGACCAAUUUGGUUGUAGAAUCCGUCUAAAAACACGAAUAGGUCAAUUAAUGUGAAAAUGAAUUUGUAUCUCGCUGUAUCUGAAUAAUUUCUAACUCUGACGAUAUUGGGAAUUGAUUGAAUCAGAUCAGGCUGACCAUUUUUGUAAAUACAUGUUUAGAGUGGGGCUAAAUAAAAUAAUUAUCUUGUCAUUUUUCAAUUUAAAUUAUCAAUUCAUUUCGCUUCUAAAUCACUUUGUAAUAAAAAAAAAAGGAAUCCUAAAAUAAGUAUCCAAAUACGACAAGCCCUUUUAAUUUUUGUAUAAAUGCAGAUUUUAUGCGUUUAUUUGAGAGCCAUAUAUAAUGUAUAUUUGUAUAUGUAUUCAUAUAUAUUUGAAUGCAAGUAUGUAAAUCGUUAAACUAAGCCUGGAAUGUCACACAAUAAUACUUUAAAUUCAAGUCGGAGAUUGCCCACUGAGACAGAAUAAAUAAUAAUUUAAAUAUCACGCAAAAGCAUAAAAACUAAACGAAAUAAAAUCAGUAGAGAUUGCAC